AGCGGCGGGUCCUUCCUGCCCCAGGUAAACUUGCGGGAACCCCUAAGAAGUGGGGGCUCAGUCGACGUCCCGGCCACCUCGGCCCUUGUCUCGGACUAAGCUGCAGAGCCACGGCGCGGACCGAGCGGAGAUCGAGGCCGCCGAUGGAAAGGCCCACCCCAGCUGGCGCGGGCCCCAUACACGUGCCCUUGGGGCACAUUGUGGCCAACGAGAAAUGGCGCGGGUCGCAGCUGGCGCAGGGGAUGCAAGGGAAAAUUAAGCUCAUUUUUGAGGAUGGCCUGACACCGGUAGAUUUUCACUUGUCUAAUAGAUCCUGCGUUCUCUAUAUCACCGAAGCUGAUUUAGUGGCAGGAAAUAGCUACAGAAAGAGGCUUGUCCGGGUUAGAAAUGCCAGUAAUCUUCAAGGGAUUGUACUAGUAGAAAAAACGCGGAUGAGUGAACAGUACUUCCCAGCAGUACAGAAGUUUACUGUGCUGGACCUUGGGAUGGUGUUGCUUCCUGUAGCCAGCCAGAUGGAAGCUUCCUGCCUGAUCAUCCAAUUAGUCCAGGAACAAACCAAGGAGCCCAGUAAGAACCCUUUUCUCAGGAAGAAACGGGCCCUGCUUUCUGAGCCAUCCCUCCUUCGAACUGUGCAGCAGAUCCCAGGAGUUGGAAAAGUUAAAGCUCCCCUUCUGCUUCAGAAAUUCCCAAGUAUCCAACAACUAAGUAAUGCUUCCACGCAAGAACUGGAGCAGGUGGUUGGACAAGCAGCAGCUCAGCAGAUCCACGCGUUCUUCACACAGCCCAGUACAAAGAACUGUCGCUACUGAGAAGGCUGAACGGAGAGGGGAGCUUCUUUUUGACCUGACGCCUUUCGACCCCAACUGAAGGAAGGCACAUGGUGCUGGCCGACUUCUGUCUGUUCUUGUUGGUGCCCCAACUCAAAAAGGAAAGCUUUUUUGAGAUUUUCUUGGUUUUAUCAGUUUUCUCAUCAUCCCCUAGGGCUAAGCAGAUCAUGGAGUAAGUUUUCUGCAUUCCCACAGAGUAUGUGGCACACUUAUUAUGCUGCACAUAAAAACAGAAGAAAAAGGGUGUUAGAAAUCCUCCAGGUAUCUGACGAGUGGUUACAGAAUUGAAGACACACACUGUACUUACAGCAUCCUCUUUAAAAUCAACUCAAUAUAAUUUUGAAAUUCGAGUGACAGGAAAAUAUACUCAGUAGUAGUAAUUUAGGCUUAGUAACUACUACUCAAUUUUUCAGCUGUUUAUUACAUUUUAAGAAAGUAAUAGGUAUUCAUGGUAAAGAUCGCUUUCCCACCUUGGCUGCCAGGCCCUGCCCUGAGGGAACUGCUGCAUUAGACUUCUAGAGAUAAAUGCAUUUAUAAGCAUUCAUAUGUGUGUAAGUACGACACUAUUUGUCUGUUUCUUAAAAGAAAAACACUACACACUGUUCUGUACUCUGCUCUCUUCAUUUUCUUUUUUAAAGAUGAGAAACCACAGUGAAGAGGUACUAUAGCAUCAUACAGGACUCAAAUGGGAAAUCUGCAGGAAGUUGUUCACCAAGCUACGUUCCAGGCAGUAAAAUCAGGCCGUUUAUAUAAAUAAAUAUGCAUACAAUACAUCCCAACACUGUUGGGUACCUUUUUUUUUUUUAUUAACUUUAUUUAUCAUCUCCGUUGGAUGAAGAUGCUGCUUCCUUUCCUAUAAAACUGACCAUUAAUCCAACAUGCUAUACAGGGCAACACAGACUAUCAUUAAAAAUAAUAACAAUAAUCCUGGAAGUAGAUUUGAGGCCUGCCAACAUUUUUCAACCAUACCCUUCUUAAGAGUCCACUAUGCAUCGUGAUGAGCACUCCCCUACAAAUACCUUCAGUUCUCCUCCUCCAUAAGCACCUGGUAAAAUGUCAACUCUAGUUAAAUACCCUCUGCCUCCCUCGGGCCUGCACGCAGACAGCUGCACACUGCCGGAGGACGUUUACCAAGCUGACUGGCUUCCCUAGAAUUUCUAACCCCAACCCCAAACCCUUAAAUAGCCACCCAAUGGCCUGGCAGUCCUACAACAUUUUCCUAGUACUUUCAUUCCUCUUCUAGAUACCUGUUUCAUUCCUUCUCUCUUCAAACCGCUCACAUGUCCUUUUCAGCAGGCAGGCCUCCUGCCUUAAUGACAUCCUUGUCUUAAACUUAAUUGCAUCUGUCCCCAAAGACCAUGUGGGAGGCCGCAUGGGAGGAUCUCAACCUCUCGCCCCCUCUUCAUCUUUAACCUCUCCCUGUCUUCUGGACCCUUCCCAUCAGCACCCAAGCUUCCUGUGGUAUCCCCUUUGAAAAGCCUUAUUUAACCCUAAGCCCCCCUCCCAGCUACCACCCCAAUUCCUCAGCUCCUUUGCACAGCCACACUUCUGGAAAAAGCUGCCUUCUCUUCCUUCCCUUCUGUUUACUCUCUCUUCCUGUCCUCAUCCAGCAUGCUCCUCACCACCCAUUCCCCAAGUCUUCCUGGGGCACUGUCCUGGGACUGUUUAGGGCUUCAUGGGGCACAGUUUGAAACCCACUGAAAGCCUAACUCUUACAUCAGAUGGGUGCGAAAACAGGGACACGAAGGAUGUGAACUUGCUGGAGGUCGCACAGCCUGUUAGUGGUAGAUAGGGUCUGAUGCCAACUCUUGGUUCUAAGCCUUGGAUUCUUUCCACUAUAUCUGUCGUUAUCAAAAUUUGCUCUACAGAGGGGCAUGAGGGGUCCCCAAGGAAAUCAAGAGACGGAGGGGCUGGAGGCAGCGCUCUAGGCACCAAUCCAGUUCAGCCACAGCUCUGGGCUGUAUUUGUUUGCAUUAUUUGAAUUUGCUUGGAGAUAGGAUUCAGCAGCUAAAACAGUGCUCAGCUGUCAUGCUCUAGCAGUCCUUGCUGGGUGCAAAGUAGAAGCAGGAAUCAUCAUCUUCAUCAUUAAUAUUGUGACAUUUAUUAUGAAUUGAAAUGUAUCCAUGCCAGGCACUGUCUUAAGGGCUUUCAUAGACUAACUCAGAAUCCAGACAACAGCCCUAUGAGAUAGGUACUGACCCCAUUUUCCUGGAGGCUCAGAGCUAGUAACAUGACUUGCCUAAGGUCAUGCAACCAGUGGUAACCAGGAUUCAGACCUGGGCAGUCCGAGGGUAGAACCCUGGGUUUUAAUCACUACAUCAUCUUCUUUGUUGGCCCAGUUCAAAGAAAAGAUAAGAAGGUAGCUGUGCUGCUUUGAAUGUAAUAUGUGCCCCAAAACACCAUUAUCUGUGAUGCAAUCUUGUGUGGGCAGACGCAUUAGUGUUGAUUAGAUUGUAAUUCUUUGAUAGAGUGUUUCCCUGGAGA